AAGGGCGGGAGGCCGGGGUGUGGAAAGUGUGGCGGCCCCGCCCCGUGUCUUGGAACUGCCGCGGCCGACUCCGCUGCCUCCGCUGCAGCUGUAAGGGGGGACCCGCGCCGGCGCGCAGAGGAGAGGCGCUCUUUCUUUGCCGAAAGUUCCCGGGGAAAGCGACCAUCUCCCCAGCCCACCCAUGGCGGAUGAAAUCGAUUUCACCACCGGCGAUGCUGGGGCUUCCAGCACGUACCCUAUGCAGUGCUCGGCCCUGCGCAAAAACGGCUUCGUGGUGCUCAAGGGGCGGCCGUGCAAAAUAGUGGAGAUGUCAACUUCCAAAACUGGAAAGCACGGUCAUGCCAAGGUUCACCUUGUUGGAAUUGAUAUUUUCACGGGCAAAAAAUAUGAAGAUAUUUGCCCUUCUACUCACAAUAUGGAUGUUCCAAAUAUUAAGAGAAAUGACUACCAACUGAUAUGCAUUCAGGAUGGUUACCUUUCCCUGCUGACAGAAACUGGUGAAGUUCGUGAGGAUCUAAAGCUCCCAGAAGGUGAACUAGGCAAAGAAAUAGAAGGAAAAUACAAUGCAGGUGAAGAUGUACAGGUGUCUGUCAUGUGUGCAAUGAGUGAAGAAUAUGCUGUAGCCAUAAAGCCCUGCAAAUAACUGGGAGCAUCAGGCUUGACAAACUGUUUAGGUCUGAAUCAACUACAGAUCUCAAGUUUGGUUCUAAGUUGUCACCAAAGCUAUGGCCUUCAGAAGCAACCUCAUUUAUCUUUUAAUUGUUUUGAAAUUGUGCUGAGUUAGUUUUGCACGCAAUUAGUAAUUUAAAAAAAAAAAAUCACAAUGUAUAAUUUUUUUUUUUUUUUUGUAGGUAUUUUUUUUUUUUUUUAACAUUCCUGUGGUUGUCAGUAUGUGAGUCCAAGGAACAGUCCAAGAAAUCCACAGAUGUGAUUUGAGUAUAUCAUUCGUGAAUUUUAGUUAAGUGAUAAAUAAACCAGGGUUUUAAAUCAAACAAUGUAGCAUCCAGUGGUAUCGAAGUACCACAUUUAAGUUGAAUUGUGCUGUAUUAAUUUCAGACCCCACAUAUAGAGUAAGUAAAUAAUGGAUUAGAAUUGUCACAGUUUCAGCUGAUGUGUGGCAAGCACAAAUUCUUAAACAAAAAUCAUGUUAUCAAAAGGUGUCAUUGUGGUACCCUGUAUUACCUUGGUCUUACUGUUCUUUGCCAAAUUGUUGGCCGACUUCAUAUAACCUUAUAUAUGGUGAUUUUUAUACCUGCUGUGGUUGACAGAGAGGCAGUAAACUGUUGGGUAACUAUUAGAAAAUCAUACUGUAAAGA